CCCCCACCUCCUCUCCCGGUUGAACGAAAGCUGUGUCAUCCUGCUUCUAGAUCUGCGGGGUCAAAUGCGCCAGGGUUAAGGUGACUCGGAGUUUGACUUCUGCAAGGAGCAAGGCUGGUAGCCAUUUGUUGCUGUUAUGUGGUUCCUAUCUGCUGGACAGGUUUCUAAUUGUCAGAGAUGAUGCCAGUUUGUUUUGUGCUGUUGUUUAUCCUGUCCGAUACAGUGAUUCAUUACUUAUUACAUUAUGGGCUCCUUUGUUGCUACCCUCAGAGUGACAUUGGAUUUGUUUGGGUACUUGGACUUGCUCGUCUCCCUCUGAUGUGCAGUACUGCAAACUUUCUUCUCCAGAAAUGGGAUGCCCGUCCAGAAUGGCUGAGAAAGCUCUAUGCUGUGCUGUAUACCACUGUCCUGUGCCUUACAGUUCCAGUGUAUGAAACAUGGAAGGCAAUCUUCUCCACUGAAAUUGUCAGCUUAUACUCCGCCCUGUGCCUGUCCCCUGUACUGCACCUGACUGCCAUGUUUGCGACUGUCUUUUGGGAGUUUCUGUUCUUGGGAUACAGUGAAUCAGCAGAGGGGAAGACACAAAAGAAGGCAGCAAAGGCUACUUUCAAGAGACUUUUGAUCUAUUCCAAACCAGACACCCUCAUACUGGCUGGAGCUUUUAUAUUUCUAACUCUUGCAGUAGCAAUGGAGACAUCAAUUCCUUACUACACAGGGAAGAUCAUUGACAUUUUGGGUUCCAAAUACGACCAGGCUGAGUUCUUUGCUGCUAUUUUCUGUCUUUCUGCUUACUCAAUGGGCAGUUCCAUUUCUGCUGGACUCCGAGGUGGCCUGUUUAUGUUUACUUUAUCAAGACUGACUCAGAGAAUCCGAAACUUCCUUUUCAGUUCCCUGGUGAGACAAGAGGUUGGAUUCUUCGAGUCGACUAAGACAGGUCAUUUAACUUCCCGGCUAUCUGUUGACACACCUCGGAUGAGUCGAUCAAUUGCUGCUAAUGUCAACAUCUUCCUUCGUUACCUGGUGAAAACAUUGGGCACUUAUUAUUUUAUUUUGGCAAUAUCCUGGCAAUUAACUGCACUUACGAUUAUUGAAUCAUUGGUGUCUGGACUGAUUCAGAUGUUUUAUAACCCAUUCAACAAGAAAAUCAUUGAAAAGAUCCAGGAUUCCAUUGCUCAGUCAAAUUCAGUGGCAGAAGAAAUAAUAUCAUCUAUAAAGACGGUCAGGAGUUUUGCUACCGAGGAAGAGGAGAACCAGAGAUACCAGUCUAAACUUGAAAUCAUGCAUGUUCUGAACAUAUGGAGGGAUACUGCCCGUGCAGCAUUCAUAUUUUCAAGAAGGUCAGUAAUUUUAUAUAAAGGUGUCUUUAAUGGAGUGAUGUUUGAAGAUUCCAGCCCAUGUGAUGGUCAUUUAACUUCCCGGCUAUCUGUUGACACACCUCGGAUGAGUCGAUCAAUUGCUGCUAAUGUCAACAUCUUCCUUCAUUACCUGGUGAAAACAUUGGGCACUUAUUAUUUUAUUUUGACAAUAUCCUGGCAAUUAACUGCACUUACGAUUAUUGAAUCAUUGGUGUCUGGACUGAUUCAGAUGUUUUAUAACCCAUUCAACAAGAAAAUCAUUGAAAAGAUCCAGGAUUCCAUUGCUCAGUCAAAUUCAGUGGCAGAAGAAAUAAUAUCAUCUAUAAAGAUGGUCAGGAGUUUUGCUACCGAGGAAGAGGAGAACCAGAGAUACCAGUCUAAACUUGAAAUCAUGCAUGUUCUGAACAUAUGGAGGGAUACUGCCCGUGCAGCAUUCAUAUUUUCAAGAAGGCUGAUCCAGUUGUCUAUGCAGGUGGCAAUGUUGUAUUAUGGCCGUCAUUUAAUCCAAGGAGGAUACAUGAGUAGCGGCAGUCUAGUUGCUUUCAUCAUGUAUCAGAAAGAUCUAGGAACUAAUAUUCGGGCAUUGUUUUAUGUAUACGGUGAAAUGAUCCAGUCUAUAGGAGCAGCAGAAAAGGUUUUCCAGUACUUAGACCGGCAACCAGCCAUCUCAACAAAUGGUGUACUGAAGCCAGAUCGAAUAAGAGGGCAUAUUCAGUUCAACAAUGUCUCAUUCUGUUAUCCAACCAGAUCAGAAAUACCAGUCUUAAAGAAUGUUUCCUUUGAAGUGAAUCCUGGUGAGAUCACAGCACUAGUGGGGCCCUCUGGAGGUGGAAAGUCAACCUGUGUGGGUCUCCUGGAACGAUUUUACGAACCAAAUUCUGGAGAGAUCUUGCUGGAUGGAAAGUCUUUACAUGAAUAUGACCACAAAUACUUGCAUUCAAAGGUAUCCCUCGUGCAGCAGGAUCCUAUACUUUUUGCUACCACCAUCAAAGAAAACAUCUCAUAUGGCCUUUGCAAAUGCGACACAGAUGAUGUGACUGCAGCAGCUGUGAAAGCCAAUGCCCACAGCUUCAUCCAGGGCAUGGAGAAAGGAUAUGAGACAGAUGUUGGUGAGAAAGGAGGACAGCUAUCAGGGGGACAGAAGCAACAAAUAGCAAUUGCAAGGUCGCUCAUCCGAGACCCUCAAGUCCUGAUACUGGAUGAGGCAACCAGCUGCCUAGAUUCCGAAAGUGAACACUUGAUUCAAGAAGCACUAUCCUCUAAAAAGAACCAAACAGUUUUAAUUAUUGCUCACCGACUGAAGACUGUUAAAAAAGCAGACAAGAUCAUUGUGAUUCAGGAUGGAGCUGUGAUUGAAGAGGGAACACAUGUUUCUUUAAUGGAGAAAAAAGGUUGUUACUACAGGCUGGUUCAGAGGACAUUUAAUACAGUGUGAAUCACCAAAACAUUCUUUAAAAAGAAUUUCCUUUCCUUAGUAACCUAAGGACUUUAAUGCAGAAUAAAUACUUUGGUCAGGUAGAACCAAAGUGACAUUAAUAUGCAUUAUCAGAAUGAAGUUUGAAAG